AUGGCACGGCAGAGCGUACGACCAAUCCCUUUCGCUCUGCCAUCAUUAGCAGCGGAAUCGCUUUGGUUUUUCGGCGCAAGUGGGAUAUCCGGCUGGGCUGUGACUAGAAGCCUGCUGGAAUAUCCAACUCACAGCACUUUUUCACGGGUGAUUGGCUUGACGCAUCGGCCCCAAACGCGGAGACAACUAGGCCUCCCCGAUGAUCCGAGCUUGGAGGUGUAUCCAGGCAUUAACCUGCGGGGUAGCCUGGAUGAAGUGAUGAGCCAAAUGCGUGAAACAAUCCCGCAGCUAGAUCAGAUCACCCAUGUAUACUAUCUCGCGUACUCCAAUGCUACCGCAUACACCGAAAAUGUGAUGGAUAUCAAGAGCAUCAACGUUGCCAUGACCUACAAUGCUGUCCAUGCCUGCGAUACACUGUGUAAGAACAUGGCAUUCUUCGUGCUACAAACAGGUACCAAUCUCACCUUCAAGACACCUCUAAGGGAAGACGCCCCGCGUGUUCCGUCCCCAUACGGUGAUGAGAUUUUCUACUAUGGCCAGGUUGACCUGAUCCGAGAAGCAGCUCAAGGGAAGAGCUGGGGCUGGUGUGAAGUCCGCCCUGACCAAAUCAUAGGGCAUGUACCCAGCACCACAAGCAUGACCACGGUCGAGCCAAUAGCUCUCUACCUCUCUCUUUACCGUUACGUGUACGGCUACGGCGCUACUGUUCCGUUUCCAGGAACGCCCACCAAUUAUGUCUACACGUUCACAGAUUCAUCUCAAGACAUAAUCUCGCGAGCAGAGAUCUAUCUGUCUGUUGUGAAACCUGACGAAGCGAACGGGGAAGCAUUCAACAUCGCAGACACGGCCACUCCAGGCCCAUGGUGCGCCAAAUGGCCUAUCCUCGCGGAGUACUUCGGUCUGAAGGCCACUGGACCGACGCAGGAGGACUACGCAACGAUCGAUAAGUGGUGGUACGACCACCAGGACGACUACGAUCGCAUGUGCAAGGAGUACAGUCUACAAAAGCGGGAUAUCGGACCAGAAAGCUGGCUCUUCGUCUACGCGGGGUUCAAAUUAUUGGACCGGAAUCGCGAAUUCAGUCUUGACAAAAUCCAUACUAAAACUAUGAAUACAUUAAAACGAUCUACAACGAAGUUCUGUAAUUGA